CCUCCAAGCCAGACCCAAUCAAUCAACAGUCCUUUGCUUGGUAUUCGAGAGAACUAGUGAAACUUUCUGUGUUGCUCUUCUGAUUCAACAAUGGCGACUUUGAUGCAGAAAAUCAAAGACAUCGAGGAUGAGGAAACAAGGCAGAUUUAAUGGAAAUGCAUCUUCAUUCUUCAAUAGAAUGAGAAGCAACUUUGUGAGAGGCUUCUGCCAAGUAACAGUCCAUGUAAAAUCUUGUCGUGCAACUACUACCCAGCAAGCUUUCAAAUUAUCCACCUUGGUGUCCCCACUACUUCCCCCAGAAAACCCAUGUGUUCCAAUCCGUAGACGCCGAAACCAAAGGCAUGAAUUUGCAAAACUCCUACAACAUCCAGCGUCAACCAAUCCGAUUCUACACUACAAAACCAUUCAUGGCCGAAUUGUCAUGUCUGGUUUUCAAUUUGAUACCUUUCUCACAAACAUUCUAAUCAGCACGUACUCUAAAUCUGGUUGCUUGUUCAAUGCACGUGAAUUGUUUGAUAGAAUGUUUGAAAGGAACUUAAUAACUUGGUCUUCAAUUAUUUCUACGUAUGCCCAACAUGGUUAUAAUGUAGAAGCCUUAAUGAUUUUUUUGGAGUUUAGGCGAAGCUCAGAUGAGAAGCCAAAUGAGUUUAUAUUGGCUAGUGUUAUUCGCGCUUGCACGCAGUUGGGUGGUAUAGAAAAAGGUACCCAAUUGCACUGUUUGGUUGUCAAGACAAGUCUUGAUCAAGAUGUCUAUGUGGGUACUUCGCUAAUUGAUUUUUAUUCGAAAAAUAAUGAGAUAGAGCAAGCAAGAUUUGUUUUUGAUGAUCUUUCAAUGAAAAGUGCGGUUUCUUGGACUACAAUUAUAACGGGAUACACAAGAAGUGGGAGGAGUGAAGCUUCAUUGCAGUUGUUUAAUCAAAUGAAUGAAACUGAUGUUGUGCCAGACAGAUAUGUACUCUGUAGUGUUUUGAGUGCAUGUUCAAUGCUUAAGUUCCUUGAAGGGGGCAAGCAAGUUCAUGCUUAUGCGUUGAGGAGGGGAACAGAAAUGGAUGUGUCAGUGAAUAAUGUUCUGAUUGAUUUCUAUGUGAAGUGCGAUAAAGUGAGAACUGGACGAAAACUGUUUGAUCAGAUGGCAGUUAAAAAUGUCAUUUCAUGGACCACAAUGAUUUCUGGGUACAUGCAAAAUUCUUUCGAUUGGGAGGCCAUGGAGCUGUUUAUGGAUAUGAAUAGAUUGGGUUGGAAGCCAGAUGGAUUUGCCUGCACUAGUGUUCUCACUUCGUGUGGUUCGCUUGAGGCUCAUGAACAGGGUAGACAAGUGCAUGCAUAUGCUAUCAAGGCAAAUCUUGAAACCGAUGAGUUUGUGAAGAAUGGCUUGAUUGAUAUGUACAUGAAAUGCAAUUCUUUGACUGAUGCAAGAAGAGUUUUUGAUGGUAUGGACUAUUUCAAUGUGAUAUCUUACAAUACUAUGAUUGAAGGAUACUCAAGACAGGAAAAGUUGUAUGAAGCGUUGGAUCUUUUUCAGGAGAUGAGGCUUAGACUGUUGCCACCAAGCCUUUUAACAUUUGUUAGCCUUCUUGGUCUCUCAGCUUCACUAUUUACCCUGGAAUUAAGCAAGCAAAUCCAUGGUCUCAUCAUGAAAUUAGGAGUAGCUUUGGAUGUAUUCGCUGGUAGUGCCCUUAUAGAUGUUUAUUCCAAGUGUAGUUUUGUUAAAGAUGCAAGACUUGUAUUUGAGGAGAUUAAUGAUAAAGAUAUCGUAGUGUGGAAUGCUAUGUUUUUUGGCUAUGCUCAACAGUUGGAAAAUGAGGAGGCUCUCAAACUCUACUUAGAAUUGCAGCUUUCAAGGCAGAAACCUAAUGAAUUCACUUACGUUGCCCUAAUAACAGCAGCUAGUAACCUAGCAAGUCUCCCACACGGUCAGCAGUUCCAUAACCAGCUUAUAAAGACAGGUUUAGACUUUGACCCAUUUGUUACAAAUGCAGUGGUGGACAUGUAUGCUAAAUGUGGAAGCAUUGAAGAAGCUCGCAAAGUAUUUGAUUCUACUACUUGGAGAGAUGUUGUGUGUUGGAAUUCGAUGAUCUCAACGUAUGCACAACAUGGAGAAGCUGAAAAAGCUCUUGAGAUGUUUCAAGAAAUGAUCAAGGUGGGAAUAAAACCCAAUUAUGUCACAUUUGUUGGUGUGCUCUCAGCAUGUGGCCAUGUGGGGCUUGUAGAAGAUGGACUCCGUCACUUUGACUCAAUGUCCAAGUUUGGAAUGGAAGCAGGGACAGAACAUUACGCUUGCAUGGUUUCUCUCUUGAGCCGAGCUGGUAGACUUAAUGAAGCAAAGAAGAUUAUAGAGAAUAUGCCAAUACAGCCGGCAGCAAUAGUAUGGAGAAGCUUUCUUAGUGCUUGCAGAAUUGCUGGUAAUGUUGAACUUGGUAAAUAUGCAGCAGAGAUGGCAAUUUCAAUUGAUCGCAAGGAUAGUGGAUCAUAUGUUUUACUUUCAAAUAUUUUUGCAUCUAAAGGUUUGUGGGUUGAUGUUAAGAAGAUAAGGGAGAGAAUGGACCGCAAUGGGGUGGUGAAAGAAGCAGGGUGUAGUUGGAUUGAAUUGAAUAAUGAGGUGCAUGUGUUUAUUGCGAGAGAUAAAGCACAUUGCAAGGCUGAUUUGAUUUGGUCAAUUUUGGACAACUUAAUUCAGCAUAUCAAAGGGGUUGGAUAUGUUCCUGACACCACAACAAUUUUGAUGAAUGAUUGAGGAGAAAUACAGUGGCAAUUUACAAUGGGAACCUGACUAAUCAUUAAUAUGAAACCUAAAUUUGAUGGUUCAUGUAGGUGAUAUUGGAUUCAAUGAUAUACAGACCAAAAACUCUCAGCUUUUGAUCUUUUCCUGAACCAUGAGAGUAGGAAAAUUGCUAUUAAUGCUCCUGAAUUUGAACUUGUGGGGUUCAUGUUCAUAAAUCUGUGGCUUUGAUAUUGACUGACCAUCUGAAGAAGGAGCAACGCAAUGCUUGGUUUUUCCACAAGAUGAAAACCUAGCUGCUUUUCCACGAGCAAGCUUGUUGGGUUUAGUUUGACUUGAUAUUAAGCUGUAAUAGUUUGUGGGGGUGUUUUUGAUUGUAUUCUGGUUGUUUGAUGAGAAACUGAGGGAAAGAAAGGAGGAAAAUCCCAGUUUUUUUCAGCUGUUUGCUGACCAAGACAACGGAAUUAUCACAUUAUUUGUUCAAUUGAUCGCACUGAGGUGUAAUUUGAUUAUUUUACUUUUGCCCAGUCAACGGAAAAUAUAAGUUCCCAAUUUUCCUUUUGUUUCUCACUGACCAAAAGGAGUAAUUUUGGGAAAUGAUUUAUCCUUUUUACAUGUGAAAUAUGGGUUUCAUUUACAGAGCUUUUUUGAUA